UCGUCACGCUCGCUUGUCGACGAACGACGUGUCCGACGACGCUCCGCACGGUUGCGAUGGCGGAGAAGAGGAAGAGCGUCGACGUCGACGAGAUCGGCGCCGCCGCCGCCGCCGCGGCCCCGUGCGCGACCGGGUGCGGAUUCUUCGGCAACCCGGCCACCGCCGGCAUGUGCUCCAAGUGCUACCGCGACCACGCCGCCGACACCGACGAGAGGAAGAAGAUGCAGGACGUUUUCAAGACGAGCGCCGCCUUCCCUCCGCCGGAGAAGAAGGCCAGGAUCGACACGUGCGCCGCCACCGCCGUCGCGCCGUCCCCUGACGGUGGCGGCGCCGAUGGCGCGGCCGCUGCCGAGACAUCAGCGACGGCCGCGGGGGGUCCCGCGAAGCCCGCGGCGAGCCGGUGCGCGGCGUGCCGCAAGAAGGUUGGCCUGUUGGGGUUCCGGUGCUGCUGCGGAGCGCACCGGUACGCGGAGAAGCACGCCUGCGGCUUCGACUACAAGCGCGCCGGCCGCGAGCGGAUCGCCAGGAACAACCCGGUCGUGGUCGCCGACAAGAUCGCCAAGAUUUGAACGAAAGCAGACAGCCAAUCCUGCAAUCCAUCAGCGCUGAACGUGUUUACUAGUUUGCAGGCGUCAUACUAGCCUCUGGUGUUUAGUUUUGUGGAUGAUGACAUGUAAAUUCACUCGCCGUUGGUUACCGUUAUCCUUGUUUCGUUGUACUGCUUGUUGGUCGACCCGCCGCCGGUGAACUCUAA